GAUAAGUCGCGCCGAAGCUAUCGGUCUAUCGGGCUUUUGCGCGUGAGGCACGGGCCAUCUCUGCUUGCUGGACGUAAACAACGUAAAAUCGGGAAAUUAGGAAAAGUCCAGCGGAGCGGGAAAGCAGGCAGAUCAGAGAAUUUAGACGUGCUCCACCGGCGAUGGACGCGGAGAAGGAUUCUAUUGCGAGCGGAGCGGCAUCCGCCUGCAAACGUCAGAGGCGCAACACUGAUUCCCAGAACGACGGUGGGUCUGGAAACGAGGCGCAGGUUGGCGAGGAGAACACUGUCGCCGCGAACCAGCCUUUAAUUAACUGCGACGCAAUCGCCACCAACAACAAUAACGAAGAGCACGACAUGGCGAGCAAGGAACACCCGCUCCAAGAGGAAAGAGAUCAGCCAGAGAAGGAUCAUGCUAAUGACAUUGAGCCUGUGGAACUGCCGGAUAUAGAACAGGCGAGCUCCUCCAAUCUAGUGUAUCAACAAUUAUCGCCGGAAGCAGCCUCCGCUGCGCUGGUUUCCAAUGAGCCAGAAGCCACCGGUACCAUUGAGCCUAUUGACAGCGACGACGAUCCACCUACUUCCCCGACACCAGGUGAAGCUUCCGAGGCGGUCACCACACUCCGCUUCAACCCACGCAACAUACCAGCCACGCGCUCCUAUCGUCGCAUCAGCAUAGAGCUAGUGGGCACGGUGACCGACUCAGAGUCAAGCGAUUCCCAAGCACCAGAGCUGGAAGAGGGGACCGAGCACGCGGAAGAGGACAGCGAUGACGCGGCGGACCCGCAUAUAGCCGAGUCCGCUGACGACAGUUCUUCCAACGACGACAUGGUACGCUAUUCACUUUCCAGUGAAGAUGAUACAACGACAGAGGACGAAGUGGAGUUCAACGAGCACGUCAAUGCCGCCGACCGCGAGAAAGUGGACUACGCCGUGGAUGAGGUGAUGUGCAAGUGCAAGCCCAAAUACACGUGGAACUACGAUCAGGAGCUGUUGCAAAGGGAGCACAACAUAAUUAACCGGAUUGGCUGGCGUGGCGGCCACACUUCGGCCUUGAGCUUUGGCCAGGGCUACUACGGCUCCCGCCAAGUUGUGGAACAGUUGACGCUGCUCAGCUCGCUAAACGAACACGACGGCUGCGUCAACUGCCUGAACUUUAACCGAGCCGGCGACUUGAUUUGCUCCGGCUCCGAUGAUCUCACCAUCGUCGUGUGGGAUUGGGCGAAAGAAAAGAAGCUGCACCGCUUUCGUUCCGGCCACAAUAUGAACAUAUUCCAGACGAAGUUUAUUGACAGUGCCGGCUGCUUGGACAUCGUGUCCUCCAGCCGUGAUGGCCAGGUGCGCCGAUCCGUCAUUCCGCCCUCCGGAGGCGCCGUUAAACCCGUCCGCCUGUACACACACAGCGAGUCCGUUCACAAGAUAGUCCUGGUGCCGCACAGCCGCCACGAGCUGAUGAGCGCCGGCGAGGAUGCGGCUGUCAAGCACUUUGAUUUGCGCGCCAGCAACGCUGCCACCACGAUGCUGCGCUGCGUGCACGACGAGGUGAAUAAGCGGGCCCGGGUGCGCCUGUUCAGCAUCGCACAUCAUCCAUAUGCGCCGGAGUUCUGCGUCAGUGGAUCCGACGACAAACUACGCGUUUACGACAAGCGCAACCUUGCGCAGACCCUCGUCCAGAUGACCCCGAGCAGUAUUGCGGAUACCAAGAUCACGCAAAUCACUUGCGCCGUGUACAACCACAGCGGCAGCGAAAUCCUGGCCUCUUACAGCGAUGCGGGUAUUUACCUGUUCGACAGUCGGAACAACCAGCCCGGCGAGUACUUGCACUGCUACCAGGGUCACAUCAACAGCCGCACCAUCAAGGGAGUGAACUUCUUUGGACCCAGAUCGGAGUAUAUAGUAAGUGGCAGCGACUGCGGGAAUAUAUUCUUUUGGGACAGAAACACGGAGGCGAUUAUCAACUACAUGAAGGGCGACCACGCCGGCGUUGUCAACUGCCUGGAACCCCAUCCCUGGAUGCCGGUGCUGGCCACCUCUGGACUUGAGCACGACGUCAAGAUCUGGACACCAAAUGGACCUGAAAGGAAAGUCCCCGAUGAGGACUCACUGAAGCAGACGCUGCAGCGCAAUUUUAGGCGCAACCUGGUGGACAGUGUUGACCUCGAUAUCAACAAUUUCCAGUACCUUAUACGCGGCUUCCUGCAGGGAUCCGAAGGCUCGUAUUUGCGUCGGAGACAUGCGUCCUGGCAAGGGCGUCAGCCGCAGGACGACAACAGCUCCAGCCCCAGCGACGGCUCUAAUCCUUCCAACCCGGUUUUCCGGCGGCGCAGCAGCAACAGCUCCGACGACACAAAUGACGAGGGAGUAGCCGCUGCAGCUGCGUUGGACACGCUGCACUGCCGCACGCAGUGAGAACUCCCCAAGAAGCCGGGGACGUGCUUAGAAAGGCGUCCUCGGCCAUUAUAUAAUUUUGGAUAUAACUAUGUUAGAAAGCGUUUCUGAAGCUGUGAAUUUGUAACCGUAACACAUAAGUGCGCAUAUUUUAUUUUUAAACAAGGUUUAAUAAAUGCUCAUUGAGAAUAAAA